AGCAGGUGAGUCGCUGUGACUGGAACAAUGGAUGUGAGUGUAUCAGAGUUCUACACGGACAAGACGGUGUUCAUCACUGGCGGUAGCGGCUUCAUCGGCAAGGUGUUAGUGGAGAAGCUGCUGCGAUGCUGUCCAGUUCGGAAGAUCUUCCUUCUCAUGAGGCCCAAGAAGGGCGGUAGUUUGAAGGCGAGAUACCACGAACUUAUUCGCAGCCGGGCUUUUGACAACAUUCGGCAAGACCCUCUCAUUUUCGAAAAGCUGCAUUUAAUCCGUGGGGACAUCCUUCAGGAGAACCUGGGUAUGUCCGAUGCGGAUCGGCAGCUGGUGCAGGAGGAGACCAACAUCGUGUUCCACAGUGCCGCCUGUGUCAAGUUCGACAUGUUCAUCCGUGAUGCUGUGCAGAUGAACGUUGUCGGAACGCGGAGAGUGUUGGAACUGGUCGAGGGCAUACACAACUUAGACGUAUUCGUGCAUCUGUCGACUACAUACUGUCGAUCAGAUUUGCCACUUCUAGAAGAGAAAGUGUAUCCUAGCAAGCACAACCCAGACGAUGUAAUACACCUCACAAAGUGGAUGGACGAUGGUGUACUCAAACAUCUGGAACCAAAAUUGAUUGAGCCAGAGCCGAACACAUAUGGAUACACGAAAUCCUUAGCAGAACAAAUUGUUGCAGAGUUCUCUGGAAAAUUCCCCAUCUGUAUCGCCAGACCAUCUAUAGUGGUGGCAGCUUUGAAGGAGCCGUUUCCUGGGUGGGUGGACAACAUCAAUGGACCGACCGCCAUUAUAGUUGGAGCCUCUAAAGGUGUGAUUCGUUCGAUGCUGUGUGAUGACCAGCAGAAUGGAGACGGUAUGCCAGUGGACCAGGUGGUCAACGGUUGCGUAUUGCUCGCUUACACCACCGCGCUCACGCAAGCAACAUCAAAAGAGCUGGUAGUGUGCAACAUAGCGCGAGCCGGCAUCAACUCUAUAUCCUGGGGCGAGGCAGUUGAGAUUGCAAAGACUCAUAUCAAGGAGUUCCCACCGUCAGUUGCGUUGUGGUAUCCCGGGGGAUCGCCGAAGAGACAUAAGAUGCAGCAUGAUAUAGCUGUGCUAUUUACACAUCUCCUGCCAGCAUACCUCGUAGAUUUCAUACUUCAACUUGCAGGGAAAAAGCCUUUUUUGGUGAACGUCCAAAAACGUGUGACAAGCGGCCUCGGGGUGAUCCAGUACUACGCCAUCAGACCCUGGAAGUUCAGCAACCAGAGGUACCUGGCACUCCGGAGCCAGAUAUCUGAAGAUGAAGAUCGUCUAUUCUAUACGGACAUAAAGUCAAUGGAUUGGCAGAGCUACAUGAAGGAGUACGUGCGAGGGUCCCGGGAGUAUUGCUGCAAGGAGGAUCCCGCCACCCUCCAACAGGCGAAAGCUCUACACAGCAAAUUGUUCUUCGCGGAUCUCUUACUGAAGCUCACACUGUGGACAUGGUGUUUGUACAUUUUAUAUUUAGGUUUAAAAUAUAUUGUGUAAAUGUUUGUAAAUGUAACCUAUGUAGUAACGAUUUGAAAACUUAACUUAGAUUGAGGAUUGGUCUCCGCUGCGCCAUAACUAGAUACCGCACUACCUAAGAAUAAUAGCUAUUUUAUUUAAAAAAAAAUAUUGAAGUAGGAAAAUAUAUAGGCAUAAUUAUACAAAUGAUUUGAGUUUUCUUUAGAGACAUUGAGUCUCGUGCCAGAUUUUGGGGAGACAACACGUCCUGAGGAUGCCUCGUGUAGAGGCGAAACACGUGUCGAAAUGUUUAAAGACAAAUAUUGGCGGAAUUAACACUAAAGAAAACUCAAAUUUUAUUACUAUUUAACUAUUAGAUGCUUGUGUACGUUGGAUCUUGACACACAAUAGCAUCUUUCAAAUUUUGUAACAAAAUACUUACUGAUGAUAAUAUGUGAUCCCAGUGUCUUUCUUAUAUCUUUUAGUAGAUAUUAUUUUUAGAAAUUUUUACUACGCAACCCGGCGUUUUAGUUUCAAUUAUUAGCAAAGUUUAACAGAACAUGUGGCACGGCAACGUCACACAUUGUUCGAGACUGUGGAAUACGCCCAAUUGGUCGUAGUUGCCGCACUUCGCGACUACGCCUGCGGUAUCUAGUUGGAGAGAGCGGAGACCAAUCCUUAAUCUAAGCUUAUGUAAUGAAUUAUUAAGUAUAUACAGAUAGUUAAUGUUUUUAGUUUAAGUAAGUUAAUAAAAUAUGUUAUUC